AUGGCAUGUGAUACAAACCAGCAUUUCGGAAAGGCCGGUGGGACCGCUUCCCCUCUCUGGAGGUUUGCGACAGCUGCAGCGCUAAAAAGCGACCAUGUGCAACCUACCCCUCCUGACCCCUCCCACCUCUCCAGCUCUCCCCAGCUCCGAAUGUUGAGCUUCCCAUGCAACCCGGCCCAGAGCUCAAAGCUCGAGCUUUCACAAGUUUUCUGGUGCUCCGUCGGACUAUCACGGAUCAGGUUUAACUCGGUGGCGACAUUCCAGCUUAGCCAGAGUAGCGGCGCCGCCACUCCAGUUCCUUAUUCCCGUCCGAGUGGGGCCGGUGUUGAAACAGAAAAGAAAAAAAAGAGAACGCGACAACAAAAUAGAAAUUAA